AACAUCGCAAAAAAAAGGAAAAAGAAAAGAUAGUGAUGCUCACUAUUGCUUUCAAGAUGGCACAGUGCCUCUAUUUGUGCUGUUUCUUUGUCAUCCUCAGUGGGUUCGCCACCACCAAGUUGACGAAUUUGACCCAUGCAUAUCCUAUCAACACAAUUCUGCGGCCCCUUCGUCCCGCUCAGAAGGACAUCGCUAGUCAUGAUACAUUAAGAUCAGUGGCUUCAAAUUCCGCCUCCUUCUCCCCUGCUUCAGUCGUCGACCUUACCACAGGAUUUAUUCAGAAACCUUUAAUGCAGAUAAUAGCCCCUAAUAUGUCUUUCUUUGCAGCCCUGGAUCUUCCCUCUCCUUCUUCCCCUUCUUCUACUUUGUCACCGCCAUCUACCACAUCGCUACCUGCAAGUAAUGACUCAGUUGCCCAGGAAAACAGUACCAAUGGUAGCACACCUUUACUACUACCUACUUCGAGUUUGGCCAUCGCAACUAGUCAAAUCUAUCAUGUGGAUGAUUCGCAGAUGUUUGGAGCUGGAACGGUUUCAGAGCAUGCUACGGGUAUGAUCAUAUACGAUGAUAACAAGGCAAGGGUUUCGUUUGCAGAGGUGAAAGCUCAAACAGAGCGUGCAAUCCAACACAUCUUUCGCAGCCAGGGUCCAGAGAAUACACGAGCUUUUGAAGCCCCACUGAAGGAAGGACUCCUGACUAAGCGUGCGCUACGAGGAUUUUCAAAAGGUGAAAUUUUGGCCAAGAUAGGAGCCUCAGAGCGACAACAUAGUGAAACCUCUCAAGGUCAACAAGUCUCAACAAAAUCAAGCAUGAAUAGUGAAGCCCCGCCUGAUUCCACAGAACUCCAGGCUGAAGAUACAAAUUCAUCUGCUGCCUUCUCCAGUACGAAAUCUACGUCGACACAGCCUCAGCAAGCUAGGAUGCCUACUAUCGGGAUUAUGGCACUCAGUGACCCUAGAUUGAUCAAGAUUUUAAGCACGAGCAUUGCAACUGAGGGCGAAUUCGUGAUUGGACAAAUGACAUUCACAAAUCGUGCCCUUGAACCUAAUAACCCUCCUACCACACCAAGAAACCCUACAUCGACACAUGUCCCGCCAACUACUAACGAACAUCCUAUAGCGGAUCGCUCAUUGGGCCUCUUCUUUUGGAUCGCUUUGGGAUUCAUAGCCUUCAUUGUCAGUAUUUGGGCCGGGUUUGGUGUGAUUGAGGCUCGCUCAUUGUCUCAUAGGAGGCGGCAGGUUGUGAUGGAGAACAUCAGGCUUAGGACUGUGGAUCAAAAGGUUCUGGACACUUACAAGAUUAGGAUCUUUCAAGAGGACGACAUUGUUUAUACAGACGGCGAAAGUGAGGAUGAGGAUGCCAAAAACAAUGAAAAAAACAAAUCAGAUGAAGUAGCAGCAACUUUCCACAACACUGGGUCUUCCCAUGGUGUAGUUGAUAUAACCAAUUGUUUAGGACAACAACAGCACCUGGAUCUUGAAAAAGUUGUUAUAGAUCAAGAAAACCGGAGGCGCUGCAACAGUGAUACACAACUAAUUGGUACUCUAUACCAUUGCGGGCAGCGCGUGCCCACUCGCACGGGUCUCGGCGUUCCACAAAUACCAGCUAUGGACCAAAGUAGUUAUGCGGGCUCUGCUAGAGGUUCGCUAGGAAUGGAACGAAGGGGUGGAUCCUUUGACGAGACCCUAUAUGGCGGGCUAGGUGCAUCCACUGGCAUGCAGUCAAGCCUAUUUACAGGAUGUCAUCCUGCGGUGAAGUCGGUUGCAGCCAAAGAUCAUAACAAGCGAUGCCAUAACUGGGUAGGAAACAAAUUUGGAAAUUAUGCUGACUUUGGGGACAAGAAUAGUAUGUAUGAUGAUUAUGUUCAAGAGAAAAAAUACAAAUCGCAUGCACAGGAGGGAUGGAGGAAUUUGGAGAUCGGCAGGGAUAUUGCGACAUCAUAUGUCAAAAGCAACUCAAGGUCUGAUGCUGGACCCAAGCUGGUAGUCAAAUCGCUUGGUGGUCGCCGAAGACGGAGAUAUAACCAAAACAACCACACCUAG